UCCAAGAUGUGCACUAUUUGGAAUACUCUGCCUUUUCAACGUUAAACGACAGAUUUCACACAAGCUAGCUACAAGUAUCCCAAGUCUUCAGAGGCACUAUGGCGUUUGAAAAGUUUAUGCACAACAAGUACUUUCAUCCUGCAAGUUUUCAGAACAUUAAGAAGGUGUGGGAGGCUGAACAGAGAGAUAUACAGGAGCAGAAGAAACAAGAUGACCUGCGGCAGCAAUAUAUCAAAGAACAGGAGAUCUAUCAGAACAAGGAGCAGCUUGGUAAGGCUCAUCCUCUCAGCUUCAUGUACGACCCUCCCCCUGGUUACGACAAGGAACAAGGAGAUCAAGAACGACUGACCUUAGUGGCAGACGCUGAUCAACCUGCCAAGGCGGUGGAGGAGGAGGAGGGGAAAUUUGAUUGGCAGGUGCCGGGUCGGAAGGCCCCCCGCGAAGACACUGCAAAAGAUGUGUCGGAGCUCGUAGACCAACCGUUUGGAGUGGAGGUCCGUAACACGAAGUGUGUUAAGUGUGGCAAGUGGGGACACGUCAACACAGACAAAAUUUGUCCCCUAUUUGGAAUGGUAAAGCCUGACAGUGAAGACCCGACCAAAGGAGACCAACCCUCUGCCCCCAUGGACGAUGGGCUCGUAUUUAACCAGCGUGUACUGGAGAAACAAAACAAUAGCCAGGACCCUAAUCAGCAACUCUUGGUCUCAGACGAAGAUGGGAGUGAUCUAGAUGACCUCUUUGCUGGAUUCUCUAAAAAAGAACGAAAGAAGAUUCUUCGAAAAUUGGCGAAAAUGAACAGUGGCUCAGACUCUGAGGAGGAAGUAAAGAAAAAGAAGAAGAGCCGGAGUAAGGGGAAAGAUCGAAAGCACAGAAGAGACAGUACCUCGAGAAGUAGAUCACCAGAAAAACGCAAGAGAUCUAAGGCCGAGAGAAGUAGAUCACCAGAAAAACGUAAGAGGUCUAAAACCAUGAGAAACAGGAGUCAAUCAAUCGACAGUACUUCAAGAAGUAGAUCACCAGAAAAACGUAAGAGAUCUAAGGCCAAGAGAAGUAAAUCACCAGAAAAACGUAAGAGGUCUAAGGCCGAGAGAAGUAGAUCACCAGAAAAACGUAAGAGGUCUAAAGCCAGGAGAAACAGGAGUCGAUCAAUUGAUAGUACCACCUCGAGAAGUAGAUCACCAGAAAGACGUAAGGCCAAAAGAGAAAGGAGUCGAUCCGUAGAGCGUACCUCACCUGAUAGAACUCAUCACAAGAAUCAAUCUAGACAUAAGCAUAGAAGACAUUGAUGAUAAGAGUAACUCUAUACAUGUACAUUUAUAUACAUGAUUGAUAUUAUGGUUAUUCUAAUAAAACGAAAA